AUGAUGAGUAUUGAAGUUGGUGAGGAUCAGGAUCCAGUGAUGAGUUAUGUUGGUGAUGCUGGUGAUGUUGGUGGGUUCCAAUUGAAAAACUAUGUCUUGGGACCUUUACAAUUGUGCUUGAAAGUUUACUCCUUGGUGAUUGUUUUGCUCAUUGUGUCUGUAUUUGAAUCCAAAAGAAUCGCUGGUAUCGUGUUGAGGCAGAUUGAAAGUUUAGUAAAUGCUUGGUUAUCCACGGUAUUGUUUAUAUUGGUGCUUAUCCAUGAGUUGGUUUUAUCAUUAAGAAGAAGUAUACACCAAAGUUUACAUUCUGAACUAGAAACAUCCACUUCCAAUUCCAUUUUACCUACAAACAUCAAAUAUAGUCAACUUCAUGAUUUAUUCUGGACAGAUGAAACACAUCAAAAGAUCAGAAUAAGUGAUGAUUUCCAAUCAUUUGAAUUUUUAGAUUAUUCAUCUGCAUAUGAAAACUUUUAUACAAGGCCCAAUCUUCAAAAUACAACUAAUAUGAAUAAUACUAAAAAUAGUAAUGAUGGUAUUAGCUUAAGUUUUGUCUCAUCACCAGGAAUAUCUAGAGUACAACAGUUCAAUAAUAAAUAUAAACAAAAAUGGAGAAAUAGACCUCAUUGGUGGAAAAUUGAUACAUCACUUGAUCAACCCGGGGAUCUUGAUAUGAAUAAUCAUGAUUUACCAGAUUAUGAUGAAGAAUCCCCUUUAAAUGAUGAAACAAUUUUAAAUGAUACAAAUGGUUCAGAGACUAUUUCUUUAAAUAAGUCAAAUAUUGAACAUAUUGAAAAUGGUGAAAUUUUAGCAGCUUCUUCCCCUGAAGGUUUAGAUGAAUCAGAAGAAUCAAAAUCUCCAUCAAUCACUGAAAAUACACCAACAAGAAAUUACCAUACUCAAAAUUCAUCAAGAUUUCAUAAUAAAUUGAAGAUGGCUGUUGGAUCAAACUAUAGACAAAAUGUAUGGAAUGGUUAUGCAAAAAAUUUGAAAUUACUUAAACCAGCUCAAGAGUAA